CCGACAUCGGUGAGAUGGCCAAGGACGCUGCCCGUUCGGAUGUCUUCCGCAAACUACUGAAGGAGAGCAGAAAGCAGGCGGUACGCAUUCAUCCCGAUAGCCGUCAGGACACACACCUGCAAACCGCAUCACGACACAGCAUGGAGGCUCAUCGCCCGUCCCAUUUAAAAUUUCUGCAGAUCAGGGAGACCCUUUUCAUUGCUGAAGGCGAAAAUGAUUCUGCUGCGGUCUCUUACCUGAAGGACGCACUCAGCAAGACGGAAACGAUGUUCGCGAGCAGGUACAAUAGGGACGGGGUUACCGCUCUACUAUCAAUCUGCCCGGUUUGUGGUGUGCAUCAUGCAGCCCCCUUGCUCAGGCACAACAGCACGCGCCAGCCCGCCCCGGCGUCGAGCAGAAGUGCGCAAGUUACUCAGAUGGCGCCAUUGGUGACGAGCCACAGGAGGGUGCCACGCACGCCGAGCAGCCCGAUGACGAAGGCAAGACGGUGGAAAGUGCGGUAAACGUAGUAGGAGAUGCCAGGCAGGCCGACUUCGAAUCCCGUGUGGCUGUCAUCCGAAGUCGGCUGAACGGCGUCAUGAGCAGACUGGGGAAGGGGAAAGGCAGUGAAUGACGUGACG